CGCUGAUUGGCCGCGAGGCGGGGGUGUACGGCGGGGGCGCGCUGUAGCCGGUAGAAUCAUGGCGGCGCUGGGGCUUCUGGUGGGGCUGUUGGCGGCGGCGGCGCUCGGCGCGGCGGGCGAGCCCUGCCCCGAGCCCACCAUCGUGCCCUCGUACUACACCACGUCGGACGCCGUCAUCUCCUCCGAGAGCGUCUUCGUGGUGGAGAUCUCGCUGGCCUGCAAGAACGGCGCCCAGAACGUGGCUCUCUACGCCGACGUCAAUGGGAAGCAGUUCCCCGUCACCCGCGGCCAGGAUGUGGGGCGCUACCAGGUGUCGUGGAGCCUGGAGCACCGCAACGCCCAGUCGGGCACCUAUGAGGUGAAGUUCUUUGACGAGGAGUCGUACAGCGCCUUGCGCAAGGCUCAACGCAAUAACGAGGAUGUGUCCCGCAUCAGGCCGCUCUUCACCGUCAACGUGGACCAUCGGGGCGCCUGGAACGGGCCCUGGGUGUCGACGGAGGUGGUGGCGGCCGCCGUCGGCCUCGUGGUUUAUUACCUGGCUUUCAGCACCAAGAGCAGCAUCCAGGCCUAGGGGCCCCCCCGAAACCGCUACAGCCUGGCGGGGGGGGCCCCGAAACCGCCACGUGGUCAGGAACCAGCAAGGGGCCCCCCCAAAACUGCCACCCAGCGAGGGGGGGCCCUCGAAACCGCCGCCCCAUUGGGGCCCCCUGAAACCGCUACCCUCCUGCUGGGGACAGUGAGGGGGGGGCCCCGAAACCGCCACCCCCUGGAGGGGGGGGUGUUAGGGGGGGCCCUUAAAGGGGGACACUGGGGGUUGGGGGGCCCCAAAAUGGGGGUGUUGCUACAGCUGGGAAUGGGGGGGGGCAAAAUUGGGGUCCCAAAGGGCCCCCCCAAAUGUCUCCCCCCCCCCGUACCUCAAUAAAGCUCUUGGGGACCCCCA